GCGGAAGAUAACAGCUUUUGGGUUUCUGGUAAAUUUAAGGGUAUUGCCUUCUUUGUGUGGUAUAUAAAGCAUAGUGGGGAGAGCUGAUCAAGACAAACAGAAGUAAGUUAAAAAGAUGAAGACCUCCGUGGCUGUGUUGACUUUAUCCCUCUUCUACCUUAGUGUGGCUGAGGUGCAGCAGCUGGAAUACCAAGCAGAACAGGGCCCCAGCAUAGAGAUUCCCAACGUCGAGCGAGCAUGUCCCUGUGCUGAUGACGUAACAGGGAGCCAGAAAAACCGUUGCCACCUUUUUGACAUCUUAAGAGACCUGGAGGCCAAACUGAAGAACACUGAAAAACAAUUAGAGGAGCUGAAGAGAGAGGUCCGAGGUAACGGUGUGGCAUUUGGAGCAUCUCUCGGCCCCGGUGGAGGUGUUGGACCUUAUAAUGUUGAGAUCACACUGACCUACAAGAAUGUGUAUUCAAACACAGGCGCAUACAACCCUGCAACAGGUAUUUUCACUGCUCCAGUCAAAGGAGUCUAUUACUUCAGCUUCUCUGGCCAUAAUUUAUCAUCUAGAUCAAUGGGGCUGCGCCUGAUGAAGAAUGGAGUGCAGAUGGUUACUGUGUACAACCAUCCAGCUGGAAGCCGCCAUGAGACCGCAACCAAUGGCAUGACUCUACAGCUCGAAGUGGGAGACCAGGUGUACAUGAGACUGCGGCCAAACACCUGGAUUUUUGAUAAUGAUAAUAACCACAGCACCUUCAUUGGUCAUUUGUUAUUCCCUCUGUAAGGGAAAGAGGAGAGUAGGUUGCUUUUUAACUUGACGAACGUGAGUCUAAAUAUCCCUUUCGUUUUAACUCUGGAAUGGCCUGCAACAAUUCCAGAGAAAAAUAUCUGGAUCUUUAGCAGCUAGAUGCUCUUGAGUGUGUUCACCAGCCACUCUGUUAUCUUCUCUGUUAGCUGUUUGGUGCUAAGCAGUUAGUGUAGCGUGGCUUUAUCAGAGCUUUAUUGUUAGAAAAAGAUCUCCUAUACUGUAAGUGUUGAUAAUAGCAACUCAGGAAAUUUAAAUCAAUGUAAAUAUAAAAAAAUAACGCAGGUUAAGAAGAAUACUUUUCAUAAUUGUGUACAUUGAAAAGUGUGUAUUCAUUGACAUUAUGUUUGCCUUCAUAAAGUGUUUUUAUUAAAGUUACU